AUGGAUAGCGGUCAAGGACCGGGCCCGUCGCAAAAUAACCACAGCCGAGGUCGUAAUUCGAAAUAUAGACCAAAACCUCGCAAUCCAAAACAUCAAAAACCUACAAAUCAAAACAGCGAUACACGUCAACCACCAGCUGGCCAGCGGCGGUAUAAUGGGGCUCGUACAAAGGUUGAUCACCAACCAGGCCAAAAUAAAAACAGAAGGCGGCCUACAUUCAUUGGAUAUCAAUUUCUGUAUAAAGUCUCUCAGUGUGACAGCAAAGAUAUUAUAACGGAAUUUAAUAAAAAUAAAAUUGCCAUCAUGGAUAUUCUGCAGAAUCCAAUUGAAAAAUUAGAUUUUUUUCCUAUAAUUUUGGAAAUAGCUAAUAAAGUUUCCGACAGUAACUUUCCUCAAUUGAAAUUAGAAUUUAUCCUCAAUAUUUGCAAUUCGAACUUUAUCAAGUUACAUCUUGUGUUAUAUUUAGCAAAUUUGCCUUUUUGUGCGACGAAGAGAGAUAAUAUGAUGUAUUGGAAUGACCAAGUUAAAUUUUGGAAUAAUUUAAUUGUUUUACUUGAAACAAUUACUGCUAUAUCUCCGUCUACCGCGAUGAACAGAUGCAGGGCUCUUAUAGAAAGUUCUUCAAAAGCUUGCAUUGACUUACUUAAAGAAAGACACGGCUUUGUAUUACCUGAAGAGUAUACAUUGAGACUACAGAAAGUGAGAGAUAUGAUCACGGAGCAUGAGAAAGUUAAAGAAACAGAGGUAUUAGAAAAUCCCUACAGGAUACCUAUCUGCGAAGGAGAACCACCGACAUCAUUUAGACAACUCUCUUUGUUACCAACUGAAGAAGAUUUAUUAGAAACACAGCCAUUUCUACGUCCUAACAUAGUAAAGGGAGCCUAUAGUGAUGUAGAUCACUAUUUAGACGUACAGUUUCGAUUGCUAAGAGAAGAUUGCUUUGGGCCAAUACGAGAAGGCAUACAGCAAUUUCGAAAAGAUCCCAACAGGAGGCACUACGACAAUAUAAGGUUAUUUCGAAACGUGCAUUUUGCUGAACCUUACGUGUCUACAGUUAAUUUUGGCAACAUUAUUGAGGUUGACAGACACACAAAAAGGAGCUUCAUGAAUAUUAAAUGGGAAUACAAUAAACGAUUCCUGUACGGUGCGUUGAUACUCCUAAGCAAAGAUAAUUGCAAGAGCUUUAUCGUAGGUACCAUAGCAGACCGUGAGCCAAAAUAUCUUUCAAAAGGAAAAAUUCCAGUUAGUUUAAUAACCGAGAGAAAAAGCCUUGAUAUUAAUAAAGAUGAACAAUAUAUAAUGAUUGAAAGUGAUGUUUACUUUGAGCCCUAUUAUCACGUACUAAAAGUUUUGCAAGAUCAAUCAUUUCCUCAACACUUGACGAUGAAGAAAUACAUUGUGGAUGUUGAGGCAUCGACAAAGCCUCCGCAAUUCUUUGAGAAUAAAAACAUUGGUAACAUUUUACCAACUGCUGAAGAAACUGGCCUAAAUGACAGUCAAUAUGAAGCGUUUAAAUUGGCGCUAACUCACGAAUUUGCUGUAAUACAAGGUCCACCAGGCACGGGCAAAACUUACAUGGGAGUAAAAGUGGCAGAGUACUUGUUGCAAAAUAUAAAUCAUAUGGGCUGUCUUUUACUCAUAGUAUGCUACACAAAUCACGCCCUUGAUCAAUUUUUAGAAGCGAUUUUAAAUAUAACGACUUCUUUAGUGCGAAUUGGUGGGCAAUCGCGUUUAGAGAUAAUGAAGCCAUACAAUCUUAAUAACGUUCGAAGCCAAAAUAAACACUCACAGUAUAAUUCACUCUAUUAUGAAAAAAAGGAUAAAUUAAAAGAAGCAAUUCUUCACUUAAAACAGUUGCAAAAUAAUAUUAUAUCAUUGGAUAGCGGUAUUACCAAUAUUCAUACUUUGAGUUUGGUUCAAGAGAGCAAAGUUGUAUGUGGCUACAUCCGCGAGAGGUACUCGCAAGAUACGGUUACAACCUUCUGUCUAGUUGAUUGGUUAUUUGACAAUAUAAAAAUUGAUUACAAUAUGCCAAUACCUGAUAUUCAAUUCUUGCAAAAUGAAUUAAAUGCCUUCUAUUCCAAUACGGAAAAUGAUCACCGAACCAUACACGAUAAUGAUUUCGAUGAAUUCGCUAUAGAGGAUGCGUGUGUCAGCAACAUUUGUGUGUUUUCCCUAAAAGAUGAAUACGAACGUGUCAUUAAAUUGAUGACUAGUAAGGGCGAUUCCCGUGUAAUAUAUGAAGUGUUGACAUUGAUAGAAGUAUUCAAAGAAAUGAAGUCUCGUUGGGAACAAGAUGAAGAUGCGGAUAGUAAGGUGGCUUGCGGUAAUCCAUCAAAAAUGCCAAUUUAUAAUCGUUGGAAAUUAUAUUUUCAAUGGGUUGCCGAUUUAAAAAUUAAAUUACUAGAAAAUGUUUCGACUUUACAGGAUAACGCAUUAGCAGCUAAAGUAGAAUAUGACGAAGCUAGAAUGAUUUUGGACAUAGAUAGCAUCACAGAGAAGAAGGUUGUAGGUAUGACUACCACUGGUGCUGCGAGGUUACAAAAAAUGAUCAAGGAAUUGGCACCACCAAUUGUUAUUAUUGAAGAGGCUGCUGAAGUAUUGGAACAACACAUAAUUACAACGCUUCAUAAGAAUUGUCAACAUGUUAUUCUAAUUGGUGAUCAACAGCAGUUAAGGCCUUCUGCAGCCCAUAUGGAGUUGGCUAGGCAUUACAACAUUGAAGUGUCGUUGUUUGAACGUAUGAUCAACAACAAAAUACACAGCCGCCGGUUGGCGGUCCAACAUCGUAUGCGGCCAGAAUUUGCUGCCCUGAUAUCGCCUCAUAUCUACCCUGACCUACAAAAUCAUCCGUCUGUUGAAAAUUUUCCUAAAAUCCGAGGAAUGAAAAAGAACCUGUUCUUUUACACUCAUGACCAUCUGGAAGAGUCAGGAAAAGAUAGCACAAGUAAAUUUAACAGCAAAGAAGCAGAUGUAGCACUAAGACUAGCAAACUACUUAAUGCAGCAAGGGUACGAUCCGCAAGACAUAACGUUGCUUUGUUGCUAUACGGCACAAAUGUUUUACAUGAAGCGGGAGAAGAAGAACUACGUCCAUUUGAAUGACGUAAAAGUGACAGUCGUUGAUAACUACCAAGGGGAGGAAUCGAAGAUAAUUAUAUUAUCACUAGUGAGAAAUAACCUCGAUAACAAGAUUGGUUUUUUGGCAACUCCUAACAGAGUCUGUGUUGCCUUAUCGAGAGCUAAAGAAGGGUUCUACAUAUUUGGAAACAUAAAUAUGCUCAAAUCUCAGUCUGAACUUUGGAAGAACAUUUCUGGAACUCUCGAGCAAGAGGACUCUGUGGGUUCAAGUUUGCAGCUUCAGUGUUCCUUCCACCCGGAACAAAUAACAAAUAUCACGACAGACAGCGAUUUUGAUAUGGCACCAGAGGGUGGAUGUUUGUUGAAAUGCAAUUUAAAUUUGUCAUGUGGACACGUGUGCCCACUGGUGUGUCAUGGCUAUGAUAGGAAUCACGAGACGAUACAAUGUAUUGAGAAAUGUCAAAGAAAAAUUUGCGAAAAGCAACAUGUUUGCCCUCUGGCUUGUGCAAGAGAAUGCGAACCUUGCAAAGUUAUCGUAAACAAGAAACUGCCAUGUACUCAUUAUAUGGAUACUUGGUGUUCUACCGAACCAAAAGACGCUAAAUGUCUUAGUAUAGUUUCUGUCAUCUUACCCCAUUGUGGCCAUGAGGCACAAAAAGCAUGUUAUGUAGAUUUGGCCUCAGUAAAAUGUUCAGUCCCGUGUAAGGCGCGAAUGAAUUGCGGACACGUAUGUGAGAAAUUCUGCCACGUCAUAAGCGACCCGGAUCACGAAAAGACCAAGUGUGAAAAGCCAUGCGCAAAUGUCAAAAAAGGAUGUACUUUCACUUCAGAGAUCGAUACCGACUCUCUUGCGCAUCAAUGUCAAAAAAUGUGCUACGAAGAGUGUGAUGAGUGCAAAGUAGAGGUGAAGAAGAGAAGAACCACAUGCAAGCACUUGGAGCAAGUUCCGUGUAACGUUGAUAUUAAUAGUAUCAAAUGUAAAAAAAAAUGCGCUCGCGUACUAAAAUGUAAUCACUUCUGCAUGAAGUUGUGUAACGAAAAAUGCGGGGACUGUGAUCAACUGGUCAAUAAAGUUAUACCAGGUUGUAACCAUGUCGUACGAGUUAAAUGUUCCGUAGAACCUACAAAAUAUGACUGUACGCAACAAUGCAAGCGCUUGCUAGAAUGUGGCCAUGAAUGCCUCAAGCAAUGUAAUCAGCCAUGUGAUGCCCGUGAAUGUGGGGAAUUAAGUAACAAAUCAACUACGGGCUUAUGUGGCCAUCAAAUAAUGAUUCCAUGUAAAAUGGCAAAGAAUAAUCCGAAUGAUCCUAGUUUCAAGAAAGAGCUACUCCGUUAUUGUAAGUUCCCUUGUUCAGCUGUAUUGAGUUGCGACCAUCGUUGUGUAGGCUCGUGUUCUGAAUGUUAUCAAUUUCGUCUGCACGCGCCCUGCGCCGCCAAAUGUAACAAGGACAUCAUAUGUGGACAUCGGUGCGUUGAACCCUGCAACGAGGUAUGUCCGCCAUGCAACAAGCCUUGCGAAGUAAGGUGUCCACAUUCGAAGUGUAACAACCAGUGUGGUAAACCGUGUGUAUCCUGUAAGGAAAAAUGCACACGCCGAUGCCCCCACGGGCAGUGUAAGAGGCUAUGCGGACAGGCUUGUUCUGUUGCUGCUUGUUCAGAGCCGUGUCCCAAAAUACAAAAGUGUAAACACCCUUGCCGAGGUCUGUGUGGCCACCCAUGUCCAAACGUCUGCAAGAUUUGCAAACCAGACGACUUUCCCAAAGAUUUUCUGGGUGAUGAUUACGAAGAUGAUGCAAAGCUCGUCUUGUUGGAGGACUGUAACCACAUCGUGGAAGUAGAAGAAAUGGACACAUGGAUGUUCAGUAAAAUGGAUACGAUAGGAAUAAAGUCAUGCCCAAAAUGUCGAAAGCCUAUCCUCAAGAGCUACCGCUAUAAGGAUAUCAUAAACAAUAUAUUUAAAUUCGAUAUAAAUCCCGUGAAAGAAAAAGUUUACGGAAGUAAACGAGAUAUUACCGCGAAGAUGGAAGAACUAAAUAAUAAAUUACAACAUCUAUUUAAUGAGGAUAUACAAACUUUGUUCAAUUUUCGAAAUAGUUAUCUUUCUGAUUACCCUGAACGAGCCUAUAAAGAGCUGGAGAAGUAUGUGAAAAAAAACAAGCGACUUUCACUUAUGCAAAUAGAGAUGAGUUUAAUAUACUGUAACAUAUUGGAGAUUCUAUUUGAAAAAAGAAAAAAUUAUUCAGGAGUAGCAAAACAUUUUCUCGCGGAAUUUACCAGUCAAAUUAACGACAUCUACCGAUACCUAAUCAGGAAUGUAAAAAAAAUUAAUUAUCAGCAACAGCAAGAUAUAAAUUGUGAGAUCAAUCGUGUACACGCUACAAUUCAAUAUGAGAACUUGGUUAGAAAUUACUAUACGAUAAAUAAACAACCGGAUAUUUUGAAAGCUUUUAACGAUACUGAAAGGAUAAUAUUCAGUAUUGAAAGAUUUAACAAGGAAAAAGGUACAGCCGCCUUAAAGUCGUUGCAAAAUGUGAUCAAGUCGAAUGUCGUGGUCAUAUUUGAACAAGAACGGAAAAUGAUUGUCAAAGCGAUCGGUUUGAAAGCCGGGCAUUGGUUCAAAUGUCCGAAUGGGCAUUUCUAUUGUAUUGGUGAUUGCGGUGGAGCUAUGGUGGUCGGUAAAUGUCCCGAUUGUGGAACGGCCGUAGGCGGAACUAGACAUACCUUGUUGUCUGACAACAAGCACGCCAGCGAAAUGGACGACUCGAAAUUCCCGGCUUGGUCUGAACAAAAUAAUUUGGAAAACUUUCACCUAGACUAG